AUGGCAGCUUUAACACAUCACGUGAUUUGCCACCAAAAAAAUAUCACGCGAAGCUUCCAGAGAACAGUGCUGUGGAUCCUAGUUUCGGAUCCAGCUUGGUGCGGUUGUUUUUCGGCACGGGGGGCCGUGUAUAAAUUACCUUUCGGAUUGCUGGCAGCAGGGGAUUGGCUCCCUCCUGAGAGAAUGUUCUUGUCAACUGUCACUCGGAUUUGCCAGAGCCGUUCUCCAGCACUAAGAGCCAGUCCAAAGGAUCAAGAUAUCAAGUUAGCAGGAACAGGACGACCGAGGCAGGCUUGCGGGAAAAUACGCGGGAUUUAUAUGGCGCCUCCUACCAUUGUUCGGGACAAACAGGAACAUCCUGACCAGCGAGAAAUAGAAGAACUGAGAUCGGGAACAGACGUUGCAAAGUCACCGUGGACUGGGAGCGAGAGCGUGGAAUCACUUCUGUGA